AUGCUUUAUGAGGUUGCACUGGCUCCCUUUGUUGAGUCAGAUCGUCCAGUCCACAUUGUUCAUGCGGUGACCUUUGUGAUCGCAGGCGCUAGCUGCUGUGGUCGCAGCGACGAGGAGUUGAGCUGUCAAAAUUCGCCAGGAGGUCAGAACAAACACGGCACGGCUGCCGUGGGCUGUCGAAGAAAACGAGACUGCUGCAGCUUUGUUCCCAACCCAUGGGACGCUCUGGAAGAGUUACUUUAA